AUGGCGGCGGAGCCCCAGCCCAAGGCGCUGACUCGCAAGCCCCUCCUGCUCAACAAAGUGGAGGGCUCGCAGGAGGUGGUGAACAUGGCAGCGAUAGUGCCCAAGGAGGACGGGGUCAUCAGCAUCUCCGAAGACAGGACAGUUCGUGUCUGGCUGAAGAGAGACAGUGGGCAGUACUGGCCCAGCAUAUACCAUGCAAUGCCAUCUCCAUGUUCAUGCAUGUCUUUUAACCCGGAAACCAGAAGGCUGUCCAUAGGUCUAGACAAUGGUACAAUCUCAGAGUUUAUUUUAUCAGAAGAUUACAACAAGAUGACGCUAGUGAAAAGUUACCAGGCUCAUCAAAGCAGGGUCAUCAUGAUUUUGUUUGUCCUGGAGAUGGAGUGGGUGUUGAGCACUGGACAAGACAAGCACUUCACAUGGCACUGUUCGGAGAGUGGCCAGCGGCUGGGGGGGUACCGCACCAGCGCAGGCGCCUGCGGCCUCCAAUUUGAUGUGGAAACCCGGCAUGUGUUUGUUGGUGACCAUUCUGGGCAAGUGACCAUCCUCAAACUAGAGCAAGAGUCCUGCAGCCUUGUUACCACAUUUAAGGGACACACAGGUGGUGUCACUGCUCUCUGCUGGGACCCAAUACAGCGAGUUUUAUUCUCAGGCAGUUCUGAUCAUUCCAUUAUAAUGUGGGAUAUUGGAGGAAGAAAAGGAACAGCCAUUGAGCUGCAAGGACAUAAUGAUAAAGUUCAGUCUCUCUCCUAUGCUCACCACACUCGGCAGCUCAUCUCCUGUGGUGCAGACGGGGGAAUCGUCGUCUGGAACAUGGAUGUUGAGAGGCAGGAGACCCCGGAGUGGCUGGAUAGUGACUCCUGUCAAAAAUGUGACCAGCCUUUCUUCUGGAACUUCAAGCAAAUGUGGGACAGUAAGAAAAUAGGCCUCAGGCAGCAUCACUGCCGGAAGUGCGGGAAAGCCGUGUGUGGGAAAUGCAGCUCCAAGCGCUCCUCCAUCCCGCUGAUGGGGUUCGAGUUUGAAGUGAGGGUCUGCGACAGCUGCCACGAGUCCAUAACAGAUGAGGAGAGGGCACCUACAGCUACUUUCCAUGACAGCAAGCACAAUAUUGUUCAUGUACACUUCGAUGCCACCAGGGGAUGGCUGCUGACCUCGGGGACAGACAAGGUUAUUAAGUUGUGGGAUAUGACACCAGUAGUGUCUUGA